GAUCAUAUGAAUAAACAUAAUGGUAUUAAGCCACAUGUUUGCCCAGAGUGUGGAAAAGGUUUUCAGCAAUCUUGUACUUUAAAAGAUCAUUUACGAACGCACAGUGGGGAGGCGCCAUUCCUAUGCUCUGAAUGCGGUAAAGCUUUUAAUAACAGCAGUAACUUACGACAACAUUUAGUUCGACAUUCAGGUUUAAAGCCUUUUGCAUGUUCACAGUGUCCAUCACGAUUUGCAAGCAAAGGGGGCUUAACAUCACACGAAGUUACACAUACAGGUGCUAAACCUUAUAUUUGUGAUACAUGCGGCUCAGGUUUUACAAAACCCUAUAGUCUUGUUAAGCAUAAACGUAUUCAUACAGGAGAGAAACCUUAUGCAUGUGAAGUAUGUUCGAUGAGGUAAGUCUACAUUGAUAUAUGAAAUUCAAACAUGAUGCUCUUUUUAAUAAUCAUUUAAA